AUGGUUUGGAAUUGUAGAGGCGCGGCUAGUAAAUCUUUCUAUAGAUAUUGCAAACACUAUAUGGACAUGUAUCAUUCGUCGAUGUUAGUGAUUUUAGAAACCAGAUGCGAUCCUAAGCUCUUGGACAAAACCUUUGAGAAAUUAGAUUUUGACAAGAACAUGUUUGUUGAGAAUAGAGGCUAUUCAGGAAGUAUAGUAGUAGAGUGGAAAUCGAGCUACUUUGAAAUCAAUUUGUGCAAAAAGGAUGACCAAUUUCUGCACCUGCAUAUUAAAGAUAAUGACAAGCAGGAUUUUUUCUUUACUGCAGUGUAUGCUAGUCCUCAUGAAAACAAAAAGAAACUCCUUUGGGAGAUGUUGAAUGAUAUCUCCAUAAGAAAGCAGCAUCUGUGGCUUGUAGCAGGUGAUUUCAAUGAUAUUGCUAAGAGUUUUGAGAAAAGAGGUGGUCUUCAAGCCUCCAAUAAUAGAUGCACCACUUUUCGCAAUAGGAUUCAAAGUUGUUUGCUCGAAGAUAUUGAAUCUAGAGGUCCAAAUUUUACGUGGCGAGGUCCUAUUUUCCACGAAGGUCAACGUAUUUAUGAAAAUAUGGAUCGUGCCUUAAGUAACGAUAGCUGGCGAUGGAGAUUUUCGAAUGCGUAG